AUGCUUUUUGUCGAGAAAGACUCAGCCGAGAAGGAGAUCCUGCGAUUUGUGGCGAAAUUUUGUGGGGCGGAAUAUGAAAUUUGCGAAAAUGAAGAGGAGACGAUUUGGUGCGAGAAACCCGUGAUGAAAGUUGGAAAAAAUGAUUUUGUGGCAAGCUUGCCUUCCAUUUUGCGCUAUAUUGCGAAGUCGAAUGGAUUCAAGAACCUUCUCGGAUGCAAAGGUGCUUGUCUGAAAACUCCCGCUGAAUUCAGUUCACGAACACGAUUGAUACAAGAGUCCCUAACUCAGUACAAGACUGACUUGUCGAAGGUUCUUCUUGGAGUGUCAGAUCUCGAACAGAUCCUUUCUGGGCCAAUAGUUCAACAUAACAUUGACAAGUAUCAAAGACAACUAUUGAAACAUGAACGCGAACUGGAGAGAAAGCGUGACUGGAAUGGUGAACUCAAAGGCAAGCAAGAAAUACCGCUAAAGAAAAUCCCUACAAAAGACUUGCCUGAAUUAGAGCAUGCAUUCUUAGAGGGAAUUCAACUGUCUAUAUCGGACCUGGCAGCCUUUUUACCAGUUGAAAAAGUGAAGGAGAAGAUUGGAGAAAGAGAUUUUAACGAAAAAUUUCCAACAGUAAGGAAAUGGUUCUACAGAUGCACAAGAAUAAUUCAAUCGAAGACCAUCAAUACGGAUAAUUCUAUUUCUGGUUACGAUCCUGUUCUACUCAACGAACCUAUUGCAACUCAGGACUUUGUAGUUAUCGCUCGCCGACAAACUCCUCUGAAGAAGAUUUCUCCUGCACUAGAAAAAGAUGAUAUCAAAAGCGACAUACAUUCCAAGUCGAGCAAAUCAAUGAUUCAAAAACUUGAACUCUCCGCCAAAGUCGACCUUGAAACUGUCAGGAACAAGCUUCCUUCUCCUGACCCUUACUCACACGUGGCAAUUCCAGAUCGCGAUAAAAUCAUCCUUGAUGGAUUUGCAGAUCCUGCAAAAGGCGGUUUAGGGAAAGCAAGAACAGAAAGAAAAUUACUACAGCUUCAGAAUAUGGUGGCUCGUUUGAAAAAAAUGGAUACAAAGGGGAAAAUCAUCGUUGAUUUCUGCGCUGGAGGUGGUCACCUCGGACUCGCUGCUGCGAAGGUCUGUCCAGAAGCGACUAUUGUUCUUGUCGAAACCAAAGAAGAGUCGUUAAAUCGAGCAAGAAGCCGUAUCCAAGAAUGGAAGGUGACAAAUGUGGCCAUUUGUCAGUCGAAUUUGACCCAACUGAACUGCAAAUUUGACAUCGGUCUUGCCGUUCACGCCUGCGGAUCGGCAACUGAUCAGGUCAUUCAAAUGUGUCUCAAGUGGCGAGCUGCAUUUAUUGUCAGUCCUUGCUGUUAUGGAAGAGUUUCUGAUUUGGUUUUGCCUCGGUCGAAAGAAUAUCAGAAACGCAUUUCAUCCCAGGAAAGUCUCUUGUUAGCUCAUGCAGCGGACAUCACUCCAGUUGAUGAGUCCCUGACCAAGACAGGAAAAGAAUGCAUGAAUCUGACGGAUACAGAUAGAAAGCUUAUGUGCGAAGAAAAAGGCUAUGUAGCGACCGUUUAUGAAAUGAUACCGCUUUCUUGUUCUCCGAAAAACAAUUUUAUCGUUGCAGAACCUGCUAAUUAA